UUAUUGGGCUAAAGGAAAGUAACAGAUAGACACGCACCACAUCACUAAAACCUAGCAAUUUCUUGUAUCUUUCUUCAAUCUCUCAUUAAUUCAUCAUCUACCCAUCUCACCAAAUUAACCCCUUUUCACAAAUUUAACUGAAAAAGGUCAAAAAAGAUUUGGGAUUAUUAUAUAUAGCACGAAUUCUGCACGCAAUCUAAACCCAAAGGCCAAGAAAAAUUUAACAAAACUAAAGGGCUCUGUCUAGAAUUUUCUUGGAGAUCGAAAGAAGCAGAUCUGAAACCAUGGGUGGAGGCAAUGCACAGAAAUCCAAGAUGGCUCGUGAAAAGAAUUUGGAAAAGAUGAAGGCCGCCGGAAAAGGGAGUCAGCUUGAAUCCAACAAAAAGGCCAUGACGAUCCAGUGCAAGGUGUGCAUGCAGACAUUUAUCUGCACUACUUCAGAGGUGAAAUGCAGGGAACAUGCUGAAGCAAAGCACCCCAAAGCUGAUGUCUAUGCUUGUUUUCCUCAUCUUAAGAAAUGAUGAUUUCCAGUUAAAGUAAACAUCAAAUGUGAUUUUCAACAGUGUCUCCUAUCUGUCAUGUGAUUUGGGUCGGACCGGUUCCAUUGUUUCUAUUGAAAUAUUGUUCCAAACUGUUGUUGGUUACUUGAAACUCUUAAAUAUGUUUAUAAUAUCUAUGCUGUUCACUUUUAGAUCGUUUUAUUAAA